GCGGUCGUUCAUGAGGUGAUGGUGGGAUACCACCAAUACUUUCCAUUUUCCUUGGGGUGAGAUGACGAUCACUCCUGAGGACUACACGACUUUGACGGGCUUGACCUUUACAGGGAACCCCGUUCGCCUGGGGUCGGAUGGCCCACCGCCGACCGUUGCUGAGGGUACCAGGCUCCUGGGCUCGUGGAUGGGCAUGAGAUUGCCUUUGUACCAGCCCCGUGGGAUACCUUUUGCUGACCUGAUGUGGGCCCUGGAGCAUGGGGUGGAGGAGUCGUCUUCGAGACAGGCCCGACUGUUCUACCUCCAUUUCAUUACUUCCACUUUUCUAUCGGGUCCGACUGACACCUUUGACCCAAGGUGGAUAGGCAUGGUGGAGGACGUGUCUACGCUGGGUGACUAUUGCUGGGGCGAUUUGGGCUAUGCGACGCUCGUCGGCCAGAUGAGUUUGGCGGUGCGCGACUCGGACCCGUGUAGACGUCACUUUGUCAUUACAUUGGCGGGAGUGCCGCGUUUGAUCGAGCUGUGGGCUUUUGAGCACUUGCCUUGGCUGGCUCCCCGAAAGGGGCAGAGGCCUUUGGAGUACCCUGCCGGUCGUCGUUGGGGUUGGAAGAAGAAGCUGACUGCGCGUCCACCGCCCGAUACCGUGUGGGAUCUCAUUCGGGACGGGAGCCCUGAGCACGUGCAGAAUCUUAUCCUCUAUCUCGCGGCGGACGCGCCGUCAACUUUUUCUUCCAGCCCCAACGACGACCAGCAGGGUACUCCAAAGGCCUUUGCCCCUUUCGGGGAGCUAGCCAAGGUAAAUGCUCAAAGGCCCAAAGCUAUAAAAGAAAGAAAAUGGACAGUAAAACAAAAUGUAUAUCAAAGGGCCCAAUAA